AUGAACUCCGAAGAGAACAGCGAUAAGGCUACAAUUCUUCUCAUGGGCCUCAGAAGAGGCGGAAAGUCUUCUAUUUGUAAGGUAGUGUUUCACAACAUGCAGCCUCUCGAUACACUAUAUUUGGAGUCAACAUCCAACCCGACUAUGGAGCACUUUUCCACCCUUAUAGACCUAGCCGUGAUGGAGCUUCCAGGCCAGCUGAACUAUUUCGAGCCCAAUUACGAUUCAGAGCGCUUGUUCAAGAGCGUUGGCGCAUUGGUUUACGUUAUAGAUUCCCAGGAUGAAUACAUGAACGCUCUCACGAAUUUCGCAAUCAUUGUGGAGUAUGCCUACAAGGUGAACCCUGAUAUCAAUAUCGAGGUGCUAAUCCACAAAGUGGAUGGACUCAGCGAGGACUUCAAAGUUGAUACGCAAAGGGAUAUAAUGCAGCGCACAGGGGAAGAACUACUAGAACUGGGCCUCGAUGGCGUGCAAGUCUCUUUUUACCUAACUUCAAUUUUUGAUCAUUCAAUAUACGAGGCCUUUUCUCGCAUAGUUCAAAAACUGGUCCCAGAACUACCAUUUCUAGAAAACAUGCUGGACAAUCUGGUACAGCAUUCUAAAAUUGAGAAGUGUUUCCUUUUCGAUAUCAACUCCAAAAUAUAUGUUUCCACUGAUUCGUCGCCGGUCGACAUUGUGACGUAUGAAACUUGCGCAGAAUUUGUCGACGUUACGAUCGACUUGCACGACCUUUACAAAAUACAAGGUAAGGAAGACGCUUUGGCUGGUAGCACCGGCAAUAAACCGCCUCCUGAAGUGAAGGGUGUAUCAGCCCUCAACAACGGCGUCGUUAUAUACUUAAGGCAGAUGAUUCGCGGGCUUGCUCUAGUCGCCCUCAUUAGGCCAGACGACACUGACGUUGAAAGCUGUCUUACGGUAGUCGAUUACAACGUCGACAUUUUUAAGAAAGGCCUCGAGCAAGUCUGGGCUCAUGCCAGAAUUACAUCACCAGAAGGAAAAUAA